AUGUCGACGAAGCGCAAAGCUCCGGCCACACUCGCCAAGCCGGUGGUGAGGCAAAGCGCGAAGGCGCCGGUGAGGACCAAAAUCGAUGAGACUAGAACCGCAGUCUCUACGGGCCUAUCCUCAAAAGCAGCCUCGAAAGCGGCUGCAGAUGUCGAGAUGGAGGUUCCUUCUGGUUCCGACAACGAUGAGGAGGGUCUAAGCGAAGACGAGACCAACGAACAGCCCAAUUCCACCGCGAUCACAAAGACGAGGGGGGCUCGUGAUGAAAUGGAUACAGAUGCGGUAAUGCAAGACGGGGUCGACAAUUCAGACGGCGAGCCGACAUCGCCGACCUUUGGUGAUCUUGUUCGCGGUAACUCGACGAUCGACGUCCCCGCUUCCCUUGCCGCCCAGGCAGCGGCCACUCAGACAUCUCGUCAGGCGGUUCAACAGCGGCCUAUAGCCCCGCCCAACGCGACCUCUCUCGGCACAGUGCUGACGCAAGCGCUCCGGACCGACGACGCGGACCUCCUCGAAUCCUGCCUUCAGACGACCGACGUCAAGAUAAUAGAAAACACCAUCAACCGCCUGGACUCAUCCCUCGCCAACACCCUCCUUUCCAAGCUCUCGGCGCGCAUGCACCGCCGGCCGGGCCGCGCCUUUGGGCUCAUGAGAUGGAUGCAAUGGACGCUGGUCGCGCACGGAGGUGCGCUCGUUACACAACCGGACCUUGUUGCCCGGUUAGGGGAGCUCAGCAAGGUGUUGGAAGAGCGCUCCCGGGGUCUGUCGAGCCUGCUUGCGCUCAAGGGGAAGCUGGAUAUGUUGGACUCGCAGAUGAGGUUCCGGAAGUCGAUCAAGUCGACUGGCGCCGCCCGGAUUCGCGGUGCAAACGAGGAAGAAUUUAGCGAGGAAGAGGAGGAAGACGUGGACGAACCAGGUGUCGUAUACGUGGAGGGCCAGGAGACCCUCGGCAAGGCGCUCACCAACGGGGCCAUUGGGCGGAUUGGCGGGGACGAGGACGAUGAUUUCCCGGCUGGAGCGACAGUCAUCUCAGACUCUGAAGAGGAGGACGAUGAUGAGUUUGAUGAUGGGGUAGACGAGGAGCUGGCGGACGCAGAGUCCCUUGACGAAGACGAAGUUGACCAUGACGAUGUCGAGGAGGAUGAGGAGGAAGAGAGCGACCACGAAUCGUCAAGGCCACCUUCAAAAGUGCGGCGAGUGUCCGAAAGGAUCUCGAAGAGGAAGUGA